AUGGAUAAAGGAAAUAAUUCUGUCAUUACUGAAUUCAUUCUUCAGGGAUUUACAGACAAUCCCAAAAUGCAGCUUGUUCUUUUUAUCAUCUUCCUCUUCGUUUAUGCCAUCACUGUGUUAGGGAAUCUCAUCAUGAUUCUAUUGAUUUGCACUCAACCCCAACUCCAGAAACCCAUGUAUUACUUCCUGGGCAACCUCUCCUUUGUGGAUCUCUGCUGUUCCUCAGCCAUUGCUCCUAAAAUGCUGUCUGAUUUAUUAAGUGCAACGAAAAGGAUUUCUUACAGUGCCUGUGCUACACAGUUCUUUCUAUUUGAUAUGCUUGCAGAUGCAGAGUGCCUUUUGUUGGCUGUGAUGGCCUAUGAUCGAUAUGUAGCCAUCUGCAAUCCACUUCUCUAUUCAAAUGUAAUGUCCAAAAAGACCUGCCAGCAAUUGAUCACUAUUGUGUACUUUACAUCUCUCCUGGAUUCAACAAUACACACUUCCUGUACAUUCCAACUGUCUUUCUGCAGCUCUAAUAUUAUCAAUCACUUCUUCUGUGAGGAACUUCCACUCCUAGUACUCUCUUGUUCUGAGACGUAUGUUAAUGAGAUGGUGAUAUUUACCAUUGAUGGCUUCCUUGAAGCAGGCAGCAUUGGUAUGGUUCUUGUAUCCUAUGUGUAUAUUUUGGCUACCAUCCUGAGAACGCGCUCGGCUGAGGGCAGGCGCAAGGCAUUUUCCACCUGUGCUUCUCACCUGACGGCUGUCGGGAUAUUCCACGGAACAAUUCUCUAUAUGUACUUCCGGCCGAGUUCCAGCUUUUCCAUGGAUCAAGACAAAUNUGCCUCAUUGUUCUACACGGUUGUGAUCCCCAUGCUCAACCCUCUGAUCUACAGCCUGAGGAACAAGGAGGUGAAAGAUGCCCUGACAAAAUCAGCGGGCAAUGGACGGUCAGAGCCACCCAGGAGCGACGGGACAGCGACCAGGGCCAGGGACCCUCCAACGGAGCAGUGGUCGAUGUACAUGAACCAUGGGCCAGACAGCUCAGGCGUCACGAUGACCCGGGGUUCGGGGGCCCGGAACCGUGAGCGGGACGAGGAGCUCGCCCGACUAGAGGAGAGGAUCGAGCGGCACCUAGACGCCAUGGAGGCGAUGCUCCAGACCUUGCUACAGAGAGCGGGACCAUCGGCG